GGUUUGGACAGCACGCCCGGCGUUCAAGGACCCCCUCAGCAUCCGAACAUGGCGGCGGUCACAAGGCUGUGUUGUGUACUCCGGUUGUCAUUUGAAGGUGUUGGAGCUCUGAGAGCUCUAGGGGGCGCUGCUCACCUCUCCAAUUUGGCAAGGCCCAGUCCCACCCAGUAUGCUCCAGUCACUGCUGCCCUGCAGCAGAACAGACAUUCAAGCUUCUUUAACAAACUGACAGCUGAUGAGCUUUGGCGGGGAGUCUUAGCUGAGUCCGGUGCCGGUGCCAGAAAGGGAAGAGGAAAGAGAACCAAACGUAAAAUGAAAAAAGAUCUCAACAGAGGCCAGAACCUUGGAGAAGGUCGUGCUGGCUACCUGUGGCCCGGUCUGAAUAUUCCGGUGUAUAAGGAUGGGUCCAUCCAGAAACCCUCACAACGGGGAGAGGCAGAGCAGAAGGAGGUGACAGCAGCCCUGGAACGCCAGAGGGAUGAAUGGGACAAACGCAGGAAGACUAAGAUAAAGAGAGAGAGGGGCUGGACUGGCUACUCCUGGGGUGGGAUCAGUCUGGGUCCGCCGGAUCCGGGGCCCAACGGAGAAACUUAUGAAGAUUUUGACUCACGUGUGAUAGAGGUCAAGAGCGUGUUUAACGUCACGGCCAAAGAGAGCAGGAAAAGGUCCAUCAGCGCUUUGGUCGCUGUGGGUAAUGGAAAUGGAGCAGCAGGGUUUGCACUGGGGAAAGCAGCAGACAAGAACACCGCACUUAGAAAAGCAAAAAACCGAGCCAUGCAUUAUCUCUACUACAUUGAGAGAUACAACAACCAUACCAUAUAUCAUGACAUUGAAUCUAAGUUUAAAAGGACCACACUCAGAAUGAAGAAACAGAACAAAGGUUAUGGUCUGCGUUGUCAUCGGGCGGUAAUCACUCUCUGUAAACUGAUUGGGAUAGAGGAUAUGUAUGCAAAAGUAGAUGGUUCAGUUAACCUCCUCAACAUCACCAGGGCUCUCUUCCACGGCCUGGCCAAUCAGGAGACUCAUCAGAAACUAUCUGAUAUAAAGCAGCUGAAUGUGGUGGAGUUCAGGGCAGAACAAGGCGUUCUGCCCAUCGUGGUGGCACGACCGCAGCUCGGUGCCCGUAAGGAACCUGAAGUAGAGGACGAUGUGCCCAACACACGUCUGCACUGGGCUGACGUGAAGGCCUCACAAGGUGUUAAGAGAUCAGUGUGGGCAGGGGUUAAAAGGACCAUCUGGUGAUCUGAAUGAUAAUGUCCAGCCAAUCCGUACUGCAGGCUGACUGUCUAGUGCAGAACCGUUUCUGGGGAGAGCAUUUGAAGCACGUGCUUGGAUUGCAACCAUGUUGUUAAACUAAAGGUCCUGAAGUGCUAUAUGCCCCCACAAAUUAGUGUUUAUAUGUCAUGAGCCCAUGAAAGAUUAGCAUGGAAGUGAAUGUUUGAAGACUUUGUUCUCACGUACCUACACAUGACUUAUAACUGGAAGCGCACCAAUAAAUCUACAAUAAACCCACUUUCAGUGUCAACUCAUUAAUCUUGCUCAUGUUUUGAGUAAAGUUGCGGUCACAGUAGUGUAAUUUCAGCGAGAUGUUGGGACCAAAAGGGUUUGCUGUUUAUUAUCAUUUGUGUAGCGAUGUAUGAAGCACAGCUCACACAGAGAUCACUUUCAAACCCUGCAGUUUUCUUUUGGUCAGUGUGGCAAAUUCACGUGACAAACUUGAACAUGAGCAAAAUCUGUGGCAAACACUUUCACCCUCACAAAAAAUAGCAUGGUUUCCUGUUGUAAUGACUGGAUUACGGCAAUGAUAAAAUGCAAGUCUAGAGAUGGGUUUUUUAAAAGUUGAUGAAAAGCUGCAUUGUCACAAGCAUAGUGGUCAAACAUGUCAAUCUAGCUCAUGUUUAAUAGAAAAACAAUGGGAAAGCAGCACAGUGGAAUGGAAAAACUCAUUGUAUGAACGACACUUUAUACAGCCUAGUAUAUCAGUGUUUUAUAUGUAACUCUUUCGUGCACACAGAUUUAUAAUUUAGUUAGCUGAUACAUUU